GCCGAGCGCGAAAGGCGGCAGCACCAUGCAGAGCCAGAGCGCGCUACUCUACACCCUCUUUUGGCUAGCGUGGUUGACGCAAGCUCAGCUAUUGCCGCCCGUGCUGCCGCUGACGACCACGUCCCUCAUGGCGAGUCCGUCCAUGGUGUCUGUUGUCGAAGUUGCGCAGCUGUUGGAGUCACCGCCGCCUGGCUACAAGCUGGAAGCGUCAAUGAUUUGUCCUCACAGCCUCCUCCAAGGCGUCCAAGUCAUUGCAAUGACAUCCGUGGCAAGUGUCAACCUCACCACCAAUAACUCGGUUGACAUCGGGGACCUCUCCGCUCUCGUUGGCGCCUUCUCGGCACCCUUUCAAAUAGCGCUGGUAUGGAGGGAUACGUGGACGACAUCACUGCCCAUAAGCUUCAACUGUACCGUGCAAAGCUCGUUCGUACUUGGUAGCGUGCGAGCGACGUCAACAGCGACAGUGUUGGUGCUAGCAACGCUGGCGCCGAGCCUCCUCCGACUACCGCAAGCGGUGUGGAACGUCGAGCAAGGCGACGCGCCCCUUCAAAUACCUCUCGCCGUCGCGACGCUGUCAUCGCCAUUUUGGCUGCAGCUCACGGGGCCGCUCAACUGGAUCGCUCAGCUCGUGUGGCAAGACAACAUCUCUGCCACGUCGGUACUUGUGCCUUUGGUGAGCCAGCGAACGUGCGCGGUUUUGCUGGCCCCGAACGGCAGCCUCAAUGGGUCGCUUCUCGUGACACCAACCGCCACAGCUCUGGGGACGCUUCCUCUCUUGCUGCGGCUCACUGCGUACAGCACCGCCUGCCUUAGUGCCACAACGAUCAGUACGUGCUUGGCGCUGCCGAGCCUUUACGAUACAAGUGCCUAUGCAGUAUCGAUCCAUCGCCAUGUACGCCUCGUCACGCCCGUUCUCACCAGCAACAUGUCGUUUGUUGAAGCCACGGCAGGAGUCCCGACGGCCGUCGCGAUUUCUGUCUCAAACUUUUCGACGGCGCAAGAUGUGUCGUUAACGAUGUCGCUGCCGACAGGCAUCUCGAGCUCGGGUGCGACGGGCGUCGUGCGUCAAAUGCUUGUUCGGCAGAGUGUCCUCUGGAACUACGGUAUCACGUGGACGUUUGAUGGUGUACUCGCCACCGCCACCGUCGUGCUAACGCUGCAGGCCGAUGCCAGUUUCAGCGGGAUUGCAGAGGUGCCGAUCGCUGUUUCAAGCUAUGUGGCAUCGUCGGGUCGCGCCAGUGUCGCGACGACGUCCGUGAUGCUUUUGGUCUACGGCCGGACAUUCUUCUCCCCACCGUGGCCCAUGCCAGAGUCCGUGACCACAUCUGGCAACGGUUCCCGCUUCGUGUCGGUGGCCAUCCCACCUGCAGCGUCUGUUGCGCUCUGGGAUCUCUCACAUAUGCAGUCGAUCGAAAUGGUUGUUGCCAACGGUGUCGUCCUGCGCCCCGUGCUGCUGCCGACAACCGCGUCGAUCGUGGGAUUUACCAUCCCCAGUGGCACCACGUCGGUCUUGCUCUGGCCGCGCGUGAAUUUCACCGGCUACGACACGCUCUUUUGGGCGUUCUACAACGAUGUCAACAGCUUGCACUCGCUCUCGCGUUCGCGGCUCUUUGUCUCGCUGCAACUGAUGCCUCCGACCCUUGACGCAAGUAUCGCCGUCGUCGACCGCGCGCUCCACGUGACGCUGCAGAGCGCUGGGACGCAGGAUGCGGAUGUGUCAUUUUUAGCUCGGCUUGUCAUACCGACAGUUGUGCCCGUCGUUGCGUGCAACGGGGUCUCGGUGGUCGCCGACACCGACUACCAAACAUGUUUGUUUUUGAACCCAGUACCCGGUGCGACGCUGACGGUGAUCAUCGACGCGUCGUACGUCGGUAUCUUUGGCCUUGCCGUCAUGCUCACGACAACGAACGGUGUUCAAGUCUCGCCACCGGUGCAGCAACUGUUCAACGUGUCCAUUCUGUUGCCGACGCCGCCAACCGCCACGCAAUGGACCGCGACAACCGACGUAUCGGUAGCGCUGCAGACGCCUGUGCUCAAUAUCAACAACACGGAAGCGUCCUCAGUGGAACUACAGCCCACUGACCCAGCCGUUGACGUCAUCUACCAAGUGGUCGUAUCGCAAUCAUUUGUCACGCCACCGCUAGGCAGUGAGGUGAAUACGCUUGCGCCGGUGGCUCUCCAGUGGACUCGCUACGCCUACGGCACAACAACUCUGCAGCUGACAUCGACCACCGUCGUCGUCUUGUGGAGCCAUGCGGUCGCGGGCCAAAUCGUGUCGAGCUCAGUGCACGUCCGGUCGCUCAACGUGUCGGUGUUACCUACCGCGCAAACACCGGUGCUGGCGGUUGUCGUCCCGCACAACGACUCGGUGUGGGGACCCUGGGCUCUCUACUCAAGCGACCCGCUCACAUUUACCAUCGCCGUCUCAGUGGUCGAUCCGACGACCACCGUUGUUUUAACAUGGUCCUGCUCGGCCUGCGACCGCGUCGACUUGAACUCGACUAUGGCACCCACCAUCGCGUUUCCGAGCAGCUCGAAUGCACUUGUGCUGAACGUCGCUGCCUUUCUAAGCCCAAAUGCCGUCGGUGCGAGCAACUUGACGGUGAUAGCCACGGCCAACUGCUCGGGUGUCGCAUUUAUACAAGAACUGCCCGUCACGUUUACGGUCUACCCCGUCGCUUCGCCGCCCGUACUACGCCUACAGACCCCUACAAGGGCCAUUCUUGAGGGCGCCGCACUUGUACUACCCAUGACUGUGCAAAACCACUCGAUGAUCGAGGUUGUUUCGGUUGCCUGCUCGAUAAUCCCUGCGGCAGCAAGUGCAUCUGGUCCUCCAAAGUGGGACCUGACGUCGUCGACGCUGUCGGUGCAGCUCGUGCCGAUCGGGAGCGGCGUCGUUGCUAUCUCGUGCGUCGCCGUCGCCCAGAUUGCAGCCUAUAGUUAUCCCCGCAGCAUUGCCAACGCCAGCAUCAGCACCUCGUUUCCUGUUCUUCCAGUGGCCCACGCGCCUCUUCUCACCGCAGCGCCGACGCAGUACACGCUCACGAGUCGCUUCAUGCAGUUGCCGAUUCUUUCGUCGAGCCUCGCGACCGCGCGGUCGCCAACCAUCGACAUUUGGCGCUUCCAGCUGCACGGCCAAGCCAGUAUGUUUCAAGUCUGCUGCAACAGCUCGAACCUCAACAUCGUGGCGUCGGCGACGAGCAACGGCAUCGACACCUUUGACGUGCGGCCGAACGCGCCGUUGUACGUGGCAACGAUCGGUGCCAACGACGGCGGAUCGUUUUCGCUUCGGCUCAGCAGCACUAAUGUCGUUCCGACGUCCAAUACAUCCGCGACAACAUCGGUCCUUGUCCAAGCCAACUUUGUCGGCAACAACCUCACCGUGUCCCCGAUCGCUAGCAGCGAGGGCGAUGUCGUGAUGCUGACGCUGUCACUCUUUACACGCCCGCAGGCAACGCUUGGGAUCUACGUGGUCUGCAACGACACGUCCCAGGUGGCGCCGCCGUCGGCCCAAGCCAUGAGCCCCAGCACAUAUACGCCGACAGUUGUCUACGCGAUGCGGACGGCGCGCGAUUUCGUCGACCGACCGACCGUGUACGUCCGCUGUCGCGUGCAGCUGUCAACGUCGGACCCGUGGUAUGCCUACGUGCCGAUGCCGUCCGUGGUCUUUACCAUUGGUAAUAUUGAUCGGUCGGCUCUGGUUCUUGUGGGCCCGACGCUCGGUGGCCGGCUCCAACUGGCCGUCGGCGUGGGUGGCGCCGGCGACGUCUUUACCGUCGCGCUGGCCACCAUGCCGUCGGGACCGGUGGUUGUCUCGUUCAGCUCGAGCGGGCUCGUGACGACGCCGACGACAGCCGUCUUCAGCAGUACCAACUGGAACUCGCCGCAGACCAUCGUCGUUUCGGCGCCCGCCGGCCUUGCGCUGUCGACCAACCCGUUUCUCGCGACACUCCAGGUGCAAAGCGCAUCGUCGAUGGAUGUCAAGUACGCUGCGUUGACGCCGUCAAGCGUGGCAGUGACCAUCGUGGACGCACCCGACAUGACGCCGCCACCGCGUCUCCUCUCGGCCAUGUUUGCCGACUCGGGCGCGUCGUUGAUCGUGACAUUCUCACGGGCCGUCGAUCUCUCGGGCUUUUCAGCGUCAUCAUUUGUCUGCGACCGCGUCUUUGAGACUGCGAGGUUUGGUCUCGGGCCCGUGUGCACCUGGACCACGACGAGUACAGUCGUGAUAGGCCUCGGCCUCGGCGCCACUGUAGUUCCAUUAGCACCCUGCACCGUUCUCGCCGGGCUCAAGUCGACGUCGACAUCGACGCUGAGCAUGGCGUCCAUGACCGUGUCCGUGCAACCCCCGUUGAAUGCGCCCGUACCUGUCGUGUCGAUUGCAGGCGCGACCUCGCUCGGCGCCUGCGACGAUCUGGUGCUGGACGCCACUGCAACUUCGGGAUCGGGCGGGCGACCAAUGGCGUGGCGAUGGGCUUGUGUCGUCGAGCUGACGCAGCAGCCGUGCAACGGCUCGCUUGCGCAAAUCAGUGCGUCGACGCAGGCGAUUCGGGUGCCAGCGACCGAGCUCAUCGUGGGCGUUGGCUACCGCAUUCACCUCAAUUGCACCAACUACUUCGGGCUCUCGGGGGCGUCCACGCUACUCGUGACCAAGUCGACGAGUGCGCUGCCCUCCGUGUACAUGGACGGGCCGAGCGCGGUGCGUGUGGCCUACUCAAACCCAAUUGUCUUGUCGGGCGUCGCGGUGGCCCCAACGUGCAAUUCGAGUAGCUCGGAUUCUGCAGCGCUGCAGUUGUCGUGGACGAUUCGUGAAGCCGCAGCGCCGACGUCGACGAGUCGUAACCCGCGCCAGGUCAUUUGGCCGGCGCGCAGCUUGCCACCUGGGACUUACACCGUGUCCUUUCAAGCAGCGACCUCCAGUGGCGGUACCAAUACGGCGAUCGUAGCGCUUGAAAUUGUUCGCUCGGGCCUCGUCGCAACCAUCGUCGGCGGCUCCAGUCGCACAGUCGGGGCCGGCGUCGACCUGGUCCUGAACGGAUCGUUGUCGCAUGAUCCCGAUGCAGUUGGCUCGAAUCCGCCGUUGACGUUCUUCUGGAACUGCACGAAUCCCUCAACCGGCGCGUUACUGGCCUUGCUCAACGGCACGACACCGGUGGUCCCCAAGAGUUUUUUGGCAGUCGGCACGACGCUUUUCGUGACGCUCACCGUGUCGGACGCCAACACGAACCGACAAGAGUCGACGUCGACGACCAUUACUGUCGUUGCGGGGACGCCACCGAUGGUGGAGAUUGCUCCGCUCAACCAAGCCAACUUGAAUGCAAACUUCAAGAUCCUCUUGCAAGGCAAUGUGCGCAACAGCGUUGAUCCGGCGCCCAUCGGUGCAUGGUCGGUGGCCAACGACGCCAGCGGGCAACUUGCGACGGCCUUUUUUGCCGUACCCAGCGUACAUCGAUUCUAUGGAAAGCGAGGUCCAACGAGCGUGGCGGUGACGCCGACGUCGGGCGUUGCGCUCACCACGGUGUUCACGCUGACCAGUCGCAACUGGGUCGGCGUCGCCUUGCCCCUUCGCUUUGCCUUCAAGUACAUUCGCGGUCUCCCUACUGACACGGGCGCGGUUGAAGUUCCUCUCUGCGAGUACUCACUGACGACGUCAUGGAUCACGACUUUGCCGGCGGGUGUCAACGGGUCGGUGACGAUCGUCGGGUACGUUGUCGAUGUAUUUGGCGCUGUCGCCAAAGAGUAUGCAACGAUCCAAGUGGCCGCGCUCCCCACUGCAUCGACGGUCGUUCUUUCACAAGCCACGUCCCUGGAAGCAAAAGCUUUGCACGACGAUCCCAGCGCGGUGUUGAGCACCGCGACGCAGCUCGCUGCCGCGCUGCCCUCGGCAGUUGUCGACCCCAACGCUGUCUGCUCGACGACGGGCCAAGCAGUAUGCUCGGGUCACGGUUCGUGCGCUCUGGAUCCUCCCGCGUGCCAUGCGACCGACGCCAACUGCGUCGCAUCUUGCGUCUGUACCGCCAACUGGUUUGCCCACGACUGCAGUGCAUCGGCAGAGACGUUGCAGGCCCAGCAAGCCGCGCUCGGCUCCCUGCUCAACGCGGUGGCGACCGCGGCCUUGUCCAUCAACCCCACCGUCGAAAGCCUCGAGCAGCAAAGUGCCGCGCUCUACAGCAUCGCCGCCAACGCCGACCUUCUCUCGUCAAGCCAGGCAGCGCAGACCUUUGGUUUGUUGCUAGACGUGCUGGCACCGUCUUCCAUGACGCUCUUGUCGUCGACAGCGCUUACCACGCUUGGCGGCACAAUCUCUAGCCUUCUCGAGCUCUCUGGAGCGACAAUAUUCACGGACAGCGCCUCGACCGUCGUUGAUAUGCUGGCGACAGCGCUCCUCGUCUCGGCUGUGCCUGGCGAGGCGCCGGCAACACUCGUGACUCCCAAUUUGCGUCUCGCCGUGCGACGCGUACAUCCGGCGUUGGCAGCGGCAGGAAGCACCUUGAGCGUGCCGCAAAUGACUUCCCAAAUCGCUCAACAAGCGGCUACGACAAGUCUCACCUUGCCCGCGGGGCUUCCGUUGGCAUCGACUUGCACGCUAGCCAUUGACACCCACAUGAAGCUCUUCCGACGCAACCUGUACGCAUCGAGUGACAACGCAUCCCUCACAUCCGGUGUUCUUGGCAUCGAUAUGUACUGCGACUAUGCGACAACACCGGCUUCGGUCGCCAACCUCUCACGCCCGAUGCAGAUUCGCAUGGCCAAGCUGCAGCCGCAGGUUCCAUCGGUCGUUCCUUCUCGAGUGUCGGCGUCGUACAACUGUGUCGUUGGCAGCAACGAGACGAUCGUCACGCCGUGCGCCGAGCCCACGAUAUUGGCCUGCAACGGAUCGGCCAACUAUACGAUUCAGUACACCUGUCCUCGUCGUCGCCACGUGCCGAGCUGUCAGUAUUGGAAUGCCUCGGCGCGGGCGUGGGCCUCCGACGGUUGUGUUGUCGUUGCCGACGACACGGACGCCAUCACUUGCAACUGCACGCACCUCACGGACUUUGGCACCCAGAUUGUUGAAGCCUUUGACGCGGUCCAGCUCCAAGUUGUCGAGACGCUCAGUGUGCGCAUUACGCCCGAGCUCAUCGAGGCCAACGCUGCGGUUCCCAUCACCCUCGGCGUCUUUUGCGGCCUGUACCUUCUCAGUUUGCACUUGUCGCUGCAGUGGGAUGCCCACGACGCACUGGUGUUUGCCAAAGAGCAGCGGCGCCGGCGCGACGACGCCCAGCACCUCUACGUGCCCCCGAAAUUGUACGAACCACCGGAGUUCGUGGUCGCACCGACCCGCCGCGCGCGACUCCGCGCAUUUUGCAAGAGCGUUUGGGCAGGUCUCAAGGACAACCACAAGGUGCUAGAGAUGUUCUUCCACUACGACCCGCACUACACGAGACCCCAGCGCGUCAUGGUGCUCUUCACAGCGGCCAUGAGUGAGCUGCUCAUGAAUGCGAUCCUGUACAAGCUGCGCGCGCUCACGCCAAACGCGGGCACGACUGUGGUCAGUGGCACCGUCUCGUCCAUCUGCAUGCUUCCCGUGACGAUCGCGUUCAUCUUGCUGUUUAAAAAGUCGGGUGCGCGCGACCAGUACGUGCUGCGCCUCCAGCUCGAAGACGACACGACGAUCGUUGAAGUUCAAGUCGACGCCUACGGGAACCCCGUCGACGAGUCGCAAUACUGCAUCCGCAAGCGCGACCACCAAGAGCUCGCUGCGAAUAUACCGUCCCGCGACUUACAAAUCGCGCUGUCGCAUCUGCGACGCGUCGGUGUUCUCGAGGCCAACGGCAUGCCAACGCUCGCCGGCCAUGUGUCGAUGGCCGUGCAUUCUCUCGUCUCCAACCGCGCGGACUCGGAUGCUAGCGACGUUGUCGACGCCGGUGCAGCGCACGUUGCUCGGGUCAUGCAGGACGCCCGGCGGUCGGCCAAAGUCGCCGUACAAGCGUCGACCGAGGACGAGGUGCCGGUGGUCGAGGUGGUUUCUGACGCGGCGCUGCCCAUGCUCUUGGCCAUGUGGGGGCAAAAGACACUGCACGCGCAGCUAACCAAUGUCGAGCCCGCGGCCCUGUCUGAAGCGACGCUUCGCGCCGCCUCGCAACAUUUGGAGGCAGCGGUAGCGCACAUUGCUUCGCUGCCGGUGAAAUCGCUCGGUCCGAUUCCGGCAGACGAGGUGCGGGUCGCGCGGAGCCUUGUCGCAUGGGCGCGCACGGUGCUCGCGAGCGCCGACGCGUACAUUGAAGACGCGCAGGCCAUGGUCCAGCGUAUGGCGACUGCGGUCGAGAACGCCAAGCUCGAGCUCCUCGAAGCGCGCGCGCUUCUAACGCACCGCAUUUCGUUCCGACGCCGGCUUGUGUUGCACCGCCGCUCGCGACGCUACUCGAUCGACAAAGUGGCGCGCGUCCAGCGGGCAACGGCGAUGCUCCAGUCGGUCGUGAAGCGCUUCAAGCAGAGCCGGGCGUACGCAGCGCACAUCGAGCGCGAGGAGCGUCAGCGCAUUGCGGCGCAAGAGCGAGAGAUCGUACAGCACCUCCACGGACUAGCUCGGUACCGCAAGCGACUGCAGCUGUACCUCGAGGCGACCGAGGCCCGGCGACUGGCCGCGCUUCCUUUGCACGAGCGGCAGCGCUACGAGGCCGAGCAAGCCAAGGUGCGGUCGCUCUCAGCGCCAGCGCGCGCGCUCUACAACACCAUUUUGCGCCAAGAGGCGAGCCGCAUCGAGGCGCCCGUUUUCCCGCCGUGGGUACACUAUAUUCUGUAUGGCAUGUGCGCCGGGGUCGCAGCGUUUGCUAUUUACUUUGUGCUGCUUUUCUCGCUCCUCAUUGGCGCCAACGUUGCGCUACACUGGGUCGGGUCGGUCGUCGCCGGCUUGGUGCUCACGCACCUCGUGACCGAGCCCAUCGGCAUCCUUCUGCGCGUGGGCGUCUUGCCGCUGCUCGCCACCGUGCUUCUCAACAGCACAGGCAUCUUCGAGAUGCUCGGGGCCGAGACCGUGUCGUGGGGCGCGGCCGCCGCGGUCGGUGUCGCCGGCGUCACACGACUCACGCGCAAAGGUGCGCUUGUGCAGCCCGUCGACACGUCCAGCUUGGUCGUCUCGCCGAUCCGCCCUGGCAAGGUCACGGCCCACGCGCUCCAGAUGGUUCACGAACAACGGCGAAACGACGGCGCCGCCGACCCGUCGCCUGCCGAGUUGGCGGCCGAGAUCGAGGCGGCCAGCGCAACUGCGUACAAGGCGCGCUGGACCGCGCAUGUCUCUGGCGAUGCAGAACCACCGGUCGCGAUGCCACUUGUAGAGCCGCUGAGGCCCCGGUCGGGACCGCCGGUCGUGCACGUGCCCGCCGCGGGUGGCGACACGGCGCUCUUUCCGGCGCAGAUCCUCGUGUCGCCGGAUCUACCCCUCGUGGCGCCCAGCGUAAGUGACGACAGCGUGCUCUGUCGCCUGGGGUGCGGCGCCAGAGUGCGCAGAAUAAAGCUAGAGAGCCACGAGACGCACUUGUGCCCCGAACGACCGCUGGUCUGCCCGAGCUGCAACGUGUCCAUAGCCGCGGCGGUGCUUGCUUCCCACGAAUGCCGGUCGACGCCCAAGCGACGAGGGCGACUGCCACCGCUCUCGCCAACCCUCUUGCCACCACUGAACGACCAUACCUUGCCCCCGCACCAACGCCAUGACGACCUGCAACACCAAGCCCAGAACGGCCAUGGAGCCGAUCAUGGCGUUCUCAGCAUCGCUCGACAGACGUUGGCCGAGCGUCGCGACGUCACGGAAAAGAUCGAGCGCAUCUUGCACGACACCGCAUGCUAGUAAGCGGCGUGUCGUCAGCAGCACGUGCUGCCACCUUGCCAGCUCACGCUCCAGGUAUGGUCCGCCAGCCAUCGCAGCCGCCGUUGCCAGCGCAUGCAGCCGCGCUCGCCUUGCCUCGCCAGCAGGGCUAUCGCUGCGGGUCGACCAUGCGCCAUGCUCGGGGAGGUCGUCAUCUUGCCUUGCAGGAUCCAAGCUGCAUGGUCCAGGGCAACGGUGAGCUUUUUCUGAAAUCUCCGUUUAUAAAAAUAUGCAACGUACAAUAAUAAUAAUAAAAGGAUCCAACAGUCACUUGAUA